AUGGGGAGGUUUAUGAGUAAAGUCGUUUGGCUAUCUGAAAUCGGAGUUCGACACAGAAACUUAUGGAACUACCUAACGUGGGCUCUAGUCAAUGGGCCUGUAGGCGUAAUCAACUUCAUAAUUAAUGCAUUUUACAUCUUCUGCAUCGUGUGUCCUCUCCAUGGAGAAAGGAUCAAGAAACCUCUAAAGCUACUUCUGGGCUCCUUGGUUGUCAGCACCAUUGUUUAUUUCUUAACAGCUUUUAGGAUGUUUUUUUCUGAGAAAACUGCUGACAGGAUCGCUGAAAUAUAUCUUGUGAUCACACUUGGCUGUUUGUCCAGCAGCGUUUCCUCCUCUGUCUGGCUGAACUUCUUCUAUUACACUCAGUUUGUUCCUGCACAGAGAGCCAUCUUCAUCUGGAUUAAGAAGAACAUCAAACCAAUCAUCUUCUUCAUUUUUCUUUUAGAAAACAUUUACAGUUUACUGGAUUUAGUCUUGGUUAUUAUGGCUCCCUAUCCUACUGGAUCUGAACUUAACAUGACUUCUGCGGUGGAACAGGCAUCUAUCUGCAAACCGGUGGAAGAGUUGCUGAACCAGACUGUGGACAUAUAUGCUAUUAUGGUUAUCAUAAAACAGGGUCAUUUUUAUCUCUCGUUUGUUGUUAUGAUGACAUCUAGUUAUAUCAUUGUAGCCUAUAUAGGAAUGCACAUUCAGCGUAUGGUUAUAAAUGGACAGUCCCUUUCCAGUGCUCGGCUCAGUAGCCAGUUGAGAGUCACUAUCACUGGCAUCAUUCCUGUAAUUCCUGUAUUUUUCCUUCGCUGUCUGGCAUGA